AGCAGCGCUAUUGGCCCCCAUCGCUGCCGCCUGACCUGAUCCCGACCUAAAUCUGACCGACUAAAUUCAGGCUACAGUCCAUGCAUCCAUGCAUCAAUAUUUGCUACGAAGUCAGCUGUUGCAAUUCUUCACUUCCACCUCCAAAGCAUCGACCUCAAUCUACAGCAGCCUGGAGUCGAAAACUGGCAAAUAAACCUCUCACAAACAUUCCAGCCAAAACAACCAGCCAACAGCAUGUCCCUAGAUCUUUCACUCCCCCCCACUUGCCCCGCUCUCUGUGUUUACGGCGACUACAGCUGGGACCAAGCCUCCUUCGCCCUAUAUACACUCGUUGACCUCUCACCAGAGGAGAUAACCAAGCUCCUAUCCACGCUAAACAAAGAAUGGCUCGAAGACAGCCCUAAUCCGAUCGUUCGCUCUCCAGAAGCCCACAACCUAGCCGGCAAAACACUCAAGGACGUCGUCCAGGCUCAUGUCGACCUAGACAAGGGAAUCACUCCCAUCUCCGGCGGCGAGGCAAAGGGGAACCUAGGAUGGUAUCCAACGGCGUUCAUUGUGGUGACGACGCGAGACUGGGCCGAUCGGGGAUUACUGGUGGUAUACAUGGAUGAUACGGAUGAUGACGAUGGUAAUAAGCCGGAUCCCGAGGUUCGGGGAAUGGAUAAGUUUUUCUUUGAGAUCGGGGAUGCGCCGCUGUUGCUGGCAAGCUUUAGUUUCGGGGACUUGGCUUUUGUGGAUGCUAAGGAGCAGUAUGGGGUUGAGUAGGGUGUCUCUUUCGCGACUUGUGGUGGAUGUGUUAGCUCUUCGACAGGAGUUGAAUAUGUAUGUACUAGUCUUUGGUCUGCCCCCAGGACCAACAAUUUGAUAAUGAGGCAAUAUUUGCCAUGCAAUAAAAAAAUAAAAAAUAAUAUAAUAUAAUCGGAAGCACCUCUUCAAGUCAAAGAAAACUCUGAUAUCGAAUUCUCGUCUGGCCAUGAGCCGCUUUACUCUCUG